UAUCUUAUAUCAUAAUUUGGGAUUUUGUAUUGCCUAAAUAAUUGGUGUAUUAUUAUUUAAUUGAUUAUUUUGUCUCAUGUCAUAGGAUGUAUCAGAUGGUAGUAUAGACAAAUCAUGGGAUCAUCCAUGGACCACAGAAGAGAUGAGGAAAAACAGGCGGGAAUGGAGUCUGGCAGGUGACGUUGGGCUCCUCAAGCAUCUUCAACAAUUUUCAGAAAAUCUGGUAUCUAAAGCUAACAAAACUCAAGCAGCUCUGGAUACAUUGACAACACAGUUGAAAGAAACGGGGAUAUUAGUGGACAAUGUUACUAAUAUAUCCCUAGCUUUGGCUAACACUCAGUUUAUUGAAAGCCGUGUACAGGAAGAUGAUAUAGAGAUUGAGGAAAAUCCUGAAAAGAAGCAGAAAAAUGUAAAGACUCAGGAUUCAGCUCCAGAAGAUGUUCUGGCUAGCAUAACCGAGAGCGUCAAGCAAGGUUUAAGUAUAAUGGAUGAAAAAUACAAAGUAAUGGAUGUGGCUUGCAGUGAUAGUGAAGAAGAAGACGAGGGUGGUGCAGUAGUAUUUAGUGUCAUUGUAGGACCUAAUGAUCCAUAUCAAGAUCGGCCCUUGCCAUAUGUUAUCGGUUCUGAAAAAUGGGUAGCAUCAAGUAAAGUAGGCUUAGAGAGCAGCAGCAGCGAAUCCGAACAAGCCGAUGAGGAGCGAGAGGAAUCGGAGAGUGAGAAGGAAGAUGUAAAUACACGGAAGGUGUUCAAUAGCCGACAUAAUCCGGAGAUAAACAUAGCGAGAUUAUCAUCGUCCUCUAGCGAUUCAGACAAUUAUAACGAUCAUAGUAAUAAUGUAUCUUACAUGAAUAAUAAGGCGAAUAUUGUAUCUCAGAAUAAUAUAAAUUCUGCCUCUGAAUCUACUACACCUAAUAAUGUAUCAAAGACAUCCAGUGAAACGGCGCCCAAUUUUGCAGAAGAAUUGGCCAAGCGAUUAGGCACUGUUCGUCAAGCACAGAAACCUGUUGCUGUGGAUGAAACCAGUGAAUCAUCGAUUAAUCGAUUUAAAG